UAGGCGUUGGGGAUGCUGGAGGAUUUGGACUGACGGGCCGCGCGACCUGUCAGCAGGGGGCGCUGACCCCAACCGGUGGGCGAAGCGGCUUGUGAUUGGGGAACCAGCCCCGGUGAGGGGCGUAUUCCUUGCCGGUAUGGUUGCUAUGACGCCAGGCCCCCGCCCCCUCGGCUGGCCGCCAUCUUGUUGUUGAUUCGUACCCAGUCGGGGCCGAGCCGGGAGCGGGUACGGAGCGGCCGCUUAAGGGCCGCCGCUGACGGCGCUCAGCCGCCAGUGUUGUCUGCCUGCCGGCUGGGCGGGCCAGACCCUGGAGGCCCAGGGGGCCCAGCCCCCGGGGGGGGAGCCGCGGCCGUCAGCUGCCAGGGCCCCGCGGGGUGCCUUGUACUAUUUACCCUUCUGCUGCCUCCUUGCAUAUACUCACCCAAAGACACACACAGUUCAAAUACUUCAGAGGUUUUGGAGACCAAUUUUCUAGUGCAGAAGAAGAUAAUUCCAGUGAUUUAAUUACUCUACUGAGCUCUGUAAAGUUGAGGGAGGAACUUUUUGUCAGUGAGGCUUGCUUGAUGUGAAAACAUCCUACUUCCAGGACAGAAGCCAAAUGGAGUUUGGAAAACCCCAGUAUGUUGGCCUUAUAGGAAGGAUUAAGGCAAGCAGACUCAGAACACUGGCUUUCAACUAGCCAGGUUCUUCCAUCAUACUCUUCUCUUGUGGCCCAUGCGCUACUCCCUUUGCCCUCAUUGUGCAACUGGCCCCCAACGCAAUGUGUGUUUGUCAAACCAUGGAAGUGGGGAAGUAUGGCAAGAAUGCAAGUCGAGCUGGAAACCGGGGAGUCCUCCUGGAGCCCUUUAUCCACCAGGUGGGCGGUCACAGCAGCAUGAUGCGCUAUGAUGACCACACCGUGUGCAAGCCCCUCAUAUCCCGGGAGCAGCGUUUCUAUGAGUCCCUCCCCCCUGAAAUGAAGGAGUUCACCCCUGAAUACAAAGGUGUCGUGUCUGUCUGUUUUGAGGGGGACAGUGAUGGCUACAUUAACUUGGUGGCCUAUCCUUAUGUGGAAAGUGAGGCUCUGGAGCAGGAUGACCCGCCAGAGCGCGAGCAGCCCCGACGCAAGCACUCUCGCCGAAGCCUUCACCGCUCUGGCAGCGGCAGUGAGCACAAGGAUGAACGGGCAGGGCUGGCCCCAGAGAGUGCAGACAGCUCGCAGGAGUUGAAGAGCCCCAAAGUGGAGCUGAACAUCCACUCAGAUGUCCCCUUCCAGAUGCUCGAUGGGAACAGUGGUCUGACCUCCGAAAAAAUCAGCUACAAUCCCUGGAGCCUGCGCUGCCACAAGCAGCAGCUGAGCCGGAUGCGCUCAGAGUCAAAGGAGAGAAAGCUCUACAAGUUCCUCUUGCUGGAGAAUGUGGUGCAUCACUUCAAGUUCCCCUGUGUGUUAGAUCUGAAGAUGGGAACUAGGCAGCACGGUGACGAUGCCUCUGAGGAGAAGGCUGCCCGGCAGAUGAAGAAGUGUGAGCAGAGCACCUCUGCCACUCUGGGCGUCCGAGUCUGUGGAAUGCAGGUUUUUCAGCUGGACACAGGGCAUUAUUUGUGCAGGAAUAAAUACUAUGGUCGUGGGCUCUCGAUCGAAGGCUUCCGCAAUGCUCUCUACCAGUAUCUCCACAAUGGCCUGGACCUCCGGCGAGAUCUGUUUGAGCCCAUCUUGAGCAAACUUCGGGGUUUGAAGUCUGUGCUGGAGAGGCAGGCCUCUUACCGAUUUUACUCCAGCUCCCUCCUCAUCAUUUACGAUGGGAAGGAGUGCAGGGCAGAGAUGUUGCUAGAGCGCCGGGCAGAAGUGCGCUCCAAGAGUGCGGACUCGGGGCUCCCUGAGACGGCGUUGCCCGACGGCACCGGCCCCAGCACCAGCCCUGAGACCUCCCCCUCUGCUACCCCCAAGGUGGAUGUCCGCAUGAUUGACUUUGCACACAGCACGUUCAAGGGUUUUCGGGAUGACCCGACUGUGCACGAUGGGCCCGACAAGGGCUACAUGUUUGGCCUCGACAGCCUCAUCACCAUCAUGGAGCAGAUGCGGGAGGAAAACCAGUAGUGUCCUACGCCGGGCUCCCCGGUCAGUCACUUCCCAGAGCCCUUUCCUCUCUACCCCCAGGCAGGGACCACCCACUCUGAACUCACCACACAGGGCAGACAAGACAGACUUUGGUUUUAAAGGGUUAGAUUUCUUUUUGGUGUAAACUAAAAGAAAUGAUUUUAGCUGUAGCCUGGAAUACAUAUAUAUAUAAAAAAAAGUGAAGGAAAGAGAGGAGAAAGCGGAAGAUGUGCUCAGCCAUUUUAUUAACCAUGUGGCUUUGAUGACUUUGUCCAGGUGGGCUUAGGAAGAGGAGCUCCGAAUGUUCUGGCCUUGGUGAGACUGUCAGCUGCUCUGGCCUUUUGCUUCCCAGGCUUCUGCCUGGCUUGUGGCCACCAGGAGGCUUUAGGCGGGGACCAGGGACCACAAGGCUCUCCUGACUCCAUUGAUCCUUUUAUUGGCUCACUUGAAGCCUCCAGCUGGGGGAGCAUCGAGAGCAGGGGCCUGACUGGGGGCAGGCUCUUCGGUCGGGCCCUCAAGCCCCCAGGCUCUUGCAUGUCACUUAUUCUUGACAGGCUCUGGGGAUCACCAGACCUACCUGUAGCAGGUGGGCAAAAGCAAGAGGGACUCUGGGUAGCAAAUUAGCCUGGUGUGAGGUUUCUCUUGUGUCUGUGGACAACAGAGAAAUGACUACAAGAAUGUAUGUGUGUGUGUGUGUCUGUCUGUCUGUCUGUCUGUCUGUCUGCCUGUUUUUCAGCAUCCCAGCAGGGAUGGGGAAAAACAGCCAGCAAGACUUCUCUGCUAAGCCAGGUUGCCUGAAGAGAUAGUCUUGGAACUACACUCCCCCAGGCCCCCCCCCCCCCCCAGCUACUUGCUGCUGCUGCUUCUGCUGGUUCUUGCCUUUUAAAAUUGAGCUGCAAGAGACUGAACUAAGCCAUUUGAAGAUGGGAUGGGGAAGACAGGUUUGUGAAAUGGGACUGGUAGUUCAGACAAGCCGGGUGAAGGUGGGACACAGGAACUUAGCAGAGGCCAGCCUCAGCAAGUACAUGGCUUCCUCUGGUCCUCCUUGACACCCCUAGAUGAACCCCACUCCACUUCCUACCACCUGGCAGCGUGUACCCAAACUCCAUUGGCAUGAGCGAUGAUUCCUCCACAAACCUAGAGACUUUUGUUCCCACUCUCUCCCACUUCCCUCCCCCCUCCACCCCCAAGAUAUUCUUUUUGGGCACUGGGAGGUGGGUGGGGAGUUUGGAUCAUGGCCAGGGCUGCUUAUAGCCAUCAGCUUCUCUUAGUGGUUGGCCAAGCCUAGAUGUGGGGGCUAGAGGCUUGUUGGCUUAGGGCCGGCACAGAAGGCACUUAAAUCUCAAGAUUUCUAAGACCUGAGAUCUCCACCCUUGGCUGCCAUAUUGCUUCUUGCUGCUCUUCUCCCAGGAAUCCCAGAUCCUAGGAAACUGUAAGGUGGCCUGCGGCCUGCACCUCCUGCUCCAGGCGUGGCUUGGUCAGGAGCAGCAGGACUCAGAAUUGCAAGCCUUGGAAAUGAGCAGCUCCAGGCCCAGAGCCCCGUGGUGGGUUCUGGCUUCUUUGUUGUGCCUGCUGAAUUUUGAGAAAAAGGAGGGUGUUAAGGGGGGUGUUGGAGGAGUCCCUUAUCUCCACCUGGGCCAGCUCCCAGGUUUGCUCCAAGGUAUGGACUGCCCUGUGCCUGAUGAGGCUGGCUUGCUUUGUUUUCCCCACUGAGAUAAACCCCUUUUGUUAAUAAAGUUUUUCUCUGUUCUCCCUUCUCAAGCAGCUACUAACUGGGGUUCUGCCCUUGGAGUUGGACUCUCUGUAGAUGCCUAAGUUUCUGGAGAAAGUGGAUUAAGUUGUUAGGAAGUACAAGGGCAGUGGGCUCUUCCUGUUGGCCAUUCUCCUCAUUAGUCAGUGCACAGUGGUUAGCAUCAUUCAUGAGAGGCAGAAGGCAAAGAAAAGGGGGGCGGCGUGUAGUGUUCUCAGCUCAGGAAGAGCUUGGCCCAGCCCUUGCCUCUCUCCUGCUACCUGGGGGAAGGGCCAGAACAGAAGGGGCUUCUUGCCACGCCUUCCCUGUGUAGUCUCACCCAGCUUGCAGGUUGGAAGCAUGAGACUAGUCUUGGGAAGUGACCAGCCAUAUUGGGACUUAGCUCAAAAUCUGAAAGCCCCAGGAGCUUCAAGUCCACCUGGAUACCCAGAGUCCACCAGGCACUGUCAGUGACGCUGCCAGUCCGGACAGCAGUGAGGACCAGCUGCUCCGUGCUACUAGGCUCCAGAGGGAUUAAGAAGCAGCAUGCGUGUGCACGAGAGAGAGUUGUGUGUAUGAUAUGAUAUCUUUAACCUCCUUCUCCUGUAGGGAGCCCAGCAUGUAUCAUUGUUACCUUAUGUCUAUCCUGGCUUCAGCGUGAAAAGGGAGCUGAGCCAUCUCUCGAUGAGACUAUGAGAUGAGAUGGUCUCCUUUAGACAUCCCAUCGCUCACUACAUCUUCAGUUUGGCCCUGGAGCCGAGAGUUUCCCUCUGAGGUAGGCUGGACUCUAGACAUGAGCCCUAGGACUUUGAUGUUCAAAUAGCAGUCAUCCCCCGAGGGCAGAACAGCUCUUCUGAGUUGGAACUCUAGCCCCAGGACCUUCUGGUGAUGAUCCACUGUGGCCUCCGCUAUGGGAGACAGGUGCCUUUUAAGAGCAGACAGUGUUCGUUCCCAGUGCUAUGCAGAGGAGAGGCCAGAUGUCUGGGAGAUUGUGCAGCCUGCCUGCAUUAGCCUUCCAGCCAGUUAGAUGCCUGGCUGGAGCAAUCAGUGUUUCUGGGACCUUGGGACAGUGUCCCUCCGUUGUGAGCCCAGCAGCGCCUUGCUGAGGAGGAACAGGUUGUGCCUACUUAGCUCAGUAUUUCUGGGCCCCAGCAUUCCUGGGUGGGGCCCUAUGGAUGUAACAGUAGCAGGUUAGAAGGUUGGCCUCAGCUCGGGCAAUAGCAUGGAGGUGGCAACCAUAGAGGUGUUCUAGAUCUCCAAGGAUACCAUUUUCAGACUGCAUGCCCCACUCCUGGUUACUGGCCCACGCCUAGCCCCAUGUGGGUGGGAAGGCGAUUUUUGCUUGCCCAGAAAUGACUACCAAAAACCGUCUGUCACAGAGCCAACUUCUUGGCCAAAACCUGAAGGCGAAGAGGCCCCACAAGAUACAGAAUCUGUGGGGCGCUGGGCAGCGGGCGCUUGGGAGCUGGUAGGCCCUUGCCGUCCUUCCCAUCCAGGGCCAGCUUGGAGGGAAGAGCUGUGUGACGCCAGCACUGGACCAGAGAGAGGGAUGGCAAGGGGGCCUGGCACACACAGGUGCUUUGUUAGGAUCUCUGUACAGUAUUUACCGGGGCCAAUGAGUAAACACCAGCCACUGGUGAAAAAUGGAAGACGGGGCUUUUGAUGUCAAGCCACUAACAGAUCUCUGGAAUGGGAACGGACCAGGGAGGGCUGGGGCUCCCCAAGAACCAGAGAACAUUGCUUUGUCUGCCACGGGGAGGGGGAGGGGGGGAUUUGGAUUGGUCUGUGUUUCCACAAGGGGAGUUGGCAAGAUCCUCCCCGUCUCCCACUGCUCUUCCUGGAAGGAGAAGGACAAUCAGCCAUGUCAGCGCUGCUGACGUAGAAGAAAACUCUCGCCUUGUCCAGUCUCCUCCCGCACAGUGGCAUUAUUACAUUUGUCUUCUGGCAUUUUUCUGCAUAUCCUUAGUUUUCUCUGGAACUUGUUUAGGGGCAUGAUUGUAACAGUGUCUGUGUAUUCACCCUGCACUGUGCCCUUGCCUUCUGUCUAAAAGUCAUGUAUAUAAAAAUAAAGUCACCUAGAAACGUA